CUGGCUUAAGGCGAUAGCGUUUAACUACUUGCCUAGCCUGUUCAUUUAAAUUUAGUUCCACUUUCUGCCACCUUGUGCAGAAACUCUUAAAACUAUCAAUAUGGCGUCGGCAAACAACAAAUUUGAUGGUGUUUUCCAAAGUUUAAUGAAAAAUAGUACAAUGGAACAGUGUUGUGACAAUAAUAAUGUGAAUUUAUCUGUGACUGACUCAAGCAAUUCAAUUUUUAAAGCGAAUUUCGAUCGAAAACUUGUUGAAUAUGACGAACAGCAUCAAGGAUCGCAUAGGAAAGCUCGGACAGCAGAAAGAAUUUUGGAGGUUAUGAACGAAAUAAAAAAAGCUAAGGUGGCCAUGAGUUCUGGACAGCGAAGGACGGUAAUGGAUUAUUAUUGGAUGGGCAAAUACGACAUUAUGACAACUGCAAAUGAAGAUUCUUUAAUUUUUAAAAGACUCACGGCGACUGAUCCCACAGUACGCAUUUUAUCUAGAGAACAGUAUUUUGAUAUCUUCUUAGAUGUACAUAAAUCCUGCGGUCAUGGUGGGCGAGAUAAAAUUUUGUACGACAUAAAGAACAUAUAUUAUAUUCCUAAGAAAGCAGUAGAAAUUUCUGUGUCUUUGUGUCCUAUAUGCGAAACUAAAACAAACGCACCAAGAAAAGGUAUUGUGACGAAGCCAAUCGUCUCACGUGAUUUUAAUCUAAGAGGACAAGUCGACCUUAUGGAUUUUCAGUCCUGUCCCGAUGAAACAGAGGAGCAAUUGGAAACUUUAAGAGAGCGAGAAUCAGCUGAAGCUACACACAGUAACUGUGACAACAACGAUGACAAUUUCAACGUAACGCAAAAUAUUGAAAAUUUAGAAUCAAACUUCAACUGUGCAGUUUGCCAUAACAGUGCCACUGAAGCGCACAAAUGUGAGUCUUGCAAUAAUGUUAUACAUGCAAUAAGCGGAAUAAUGUUGGUUAAAGAGGGUUCUGCUUCCAAAUUGGUAUGUUUUAUGUGUAAAAUUGAACAGGAUAUAAAUUUAGAGAGAGACCAAGCACACAAAGGACUUAAGCGUGCAGCCGAACAGAUGAUUGAUGCUAGAAUUAAAAAAAUGCCUAAGUUAGAUAUUGGUAAUAGUGUUUUGGUAAGCAUCCCCAAAGUGGAUCGCGGGCCUUUGGACAUGAAAAAUAUUCAAGAGAGGCUGUGGCAAGUCAGUCACCUUUCGGUGGCCAGGGAUUCCAAAAAUGUAACUGUAAGCCUGCUGUUAAUCCAUGUCGCAAUAAUAGAUGUUCCUGUUCCAAGCACAAAGUUCUUUGCGGGUCCAAAUGCCAUGGAAGCUUAA